CCUYGCGCACUUCCCCUCGCGCCGUUUCUGCGUAUCCUUCCGAGGCCCAAUGAGCGCCCUCUCUUCCCUCCCCCUGGCAGCCCCCCCUCCCCGCCGCGAGGAAGAGGGGGGUCACGACACCGCGCGUGGGCCUCGCCGGGCCCCUUCACGGGCUUGAGAGGGGCCGCCAAGGAGAGAGCGAGACCGAGUCCCUCACUCACUCCCUCUUUUUUUUUUUUAGCACGGGAGGGAGGGAGGAGGGAAGGAGGGAGGGAGGCGAAGCAAACCCGGAGCUGGCCCAGUAGGACCUACUUUCCUCUCUGAAAAUGGCCGCCUCGGUGAACACUUUCCGUUCAGUUUCGUGAAGCCCUGGGUUGUGUGUGAGGGAGGGAGGGGAAGGCGAGGAAGCGGGGAAAGAAGGAAGGAAAGGCGGCCGGGCGGCGAUGCUUCUCUGAGGGCCUCCUUCCUCGCCCGGAGCGGAGGAUUAGGGCGCCAGGGGAGGAGGAGGAGGAGGAGGAGGAGGAGGAAGAGGAGGGAACAAAUGCACACCCUUCCUAUUUCUGGAAUUUUUUGGAUAAUGAUUUCUGCUGGAUCUUGCCGAUGGAUUUUGCCAGGUGAGGAUUUCUGGAUCGCCUUGUAGAAGACAGGUCUCUUGGAGACAGGAUGGAUGAUCAGAAAUCACCUGGUGAGGACAAAGACUCUGACACACCAGUGGCAGUGGAGGCAGUAGAUGGAAUUCUGUCCUCAGAGGAUCAUGGGAGUGUGGAAACGGACAACCUGAAACCACCAGAAAAGGGCCUUGUCAAAGAGGAAUUGGAAGAAGCAGAAGCCAAAGAAGAGCCACCUGAGAGCUGCAGCUCCACACCCAAACGCUGUGCGUUCUGCAACUGCAGCAAGUGGAGCCUACAUGGGCAGCGAGAGUUGUUGCGUUUUGAUCCUGCUCCUGACUGGGAGGAAGACCUUCCUGAUUUAGCAGAAGGAAGGCAGCCGGGCUCUUCAGUAGAGACUGAAAAUGAUGAUCUGACCCUGAUUGGCUUUGCAGAUGGGGUGUCAGUACGGGAAGUGUUUGAGCCGACAGGGCACUUUUGGGCUCAUCACUGGUGUGUGGUUUGGUCAGCUGGAGUUCUGCGUCCAGAAGGGUCAUGGCUGAGCCUUGUGAACAAAGCUGUCAUCUCAGGGAUUGCACAGAAAUGUGAACACUGUAAUAGGCGGGGUGCUACCAUUCUAUGCCACGCGGAGGGGUGCCAGCGCCACUAUCACUUCCCUUGUGCGGCAGCCAGUGGCUGCUUCCAGUCCAUGAAGAGCUUGAAACUUCUGUGUCCAGAGCACCUAGACCAGGCUAUACAAAUGGAGGACUCGCGCUGUAUGGUGUGUGACACCCCAGGGGAGUUGCGUGAUCUUCUCUUCUGCACUAGCUGUGGUCUGCACUACCAUGGCACCUGUUUGGAGAUCACAGUAACACCACGCAAACGCUCAGGCUGGCAGUGUCACGAAUGCAAAGUUUGCCAAACCUGCAGGUUAUCUGGUGAGGACAGCCGAAUGCUUGUGUGUGAAGCUUGUGAAAAAUGCUACCACACAUACUGCUUGAAACCUGCCAUUGAAAGUGUCCCUGCAGACUCCUGGAAGUGUAAAAGUUGCCGGGUAUGUUCUGACUGUGGCCUCCGUCCAUCCGCCUUGGAUCCUAGCUGCCAGUGGUACGAGAACUACUCUCUAUGUGAAGGAUGUCAAGAGCAGCGCUGCAAGGAUGCGAACAGUGCUGAGGUCCCUGAUGUACAGCACACCCAAGAGCACAUUCACCCAUCAAACAGCACCCCUGCAGCAGAGAAGCCGGUGUCUCCUCAGGCACUAGAGGAAGCUUGUGAGGCUAGCGAAGAGCAGCCAGAAAGCAGUGGUGGGCCUUUGAGUCCUCACUCAGAAGAUCCAGAGCCAUUGGAGAGUGAGGAGAAGCCUGCUGAUGUAGACACGCUUUUAGAAGUAUCUGAUGUGGAUCCAGAGGUCCCUGCAGGGCAGGAACAGAUGGAGGUGGAGACUCCAUUUGAGCCUGAAAAAGCCCCCUCUCCCCCACCUCCUCCUCCAGUUCCACCAGAUCCAUUGCCUCCUUCCCACCCAGAGGAGUCCUGCCUUGGUGCCAAAGAGCCUCCUUCAUUUGAGUUGCUGCCAAGAGAGACGGAGCCCACUGAGAACCAUACCGGAUCAGCAACCUCCCCGCAAGAAGAAGAAGAGACUUCUCCAGUUAGCCCUCCCCCUGAUACUGUUAAAUCUGUUUCUCCUGCCCCUGGUUCUGUCAAAGCUAUUUCCCCUGAAGCUGCCGAUGUGGAAGGAGGAGAGCCCAGUGAGGAGGCCAUGGACACUGGGGUGGAGGCACCAGUUCCAGACAACACCGCCAGCAGCAGCAUCCAGCCCAGCCAAGAGGAGGAGGAGGAGGAAGAGGAAGAAGAGGCAGUAGCAGCAGCAGCUAAGAUGGAGCUUGAGGAGAGAUUUUCCCCACAGCUAAGUGAGGAGGAGGCACCAGAUGAAGGGCCUGCCAUAAUGGGGGCGGAGCCCAAUGAGAGUCACCUCAACUUUGCCAGUGAAAGCAAGCGCUCUCCCUCCCCUGUGGAGGCAGAACUUCUGGGGAGCACAUCGACCCCAAUGGAGGCCUAUGGGGCUGCCAACCUGCUAGAGGGAGGAGGGGCAAGCGGUGAGGAAGAAGCAGGACUACCACCCCAAACAUCCUUGAGGCCCCACCACUUGUUGAAGUCUGAUAUUGUUAAUGAGAUAUCAAAUCUGAGCCAGGGCGAUGCCAGUGCCAGCAGCUUCCCCAGCUCAGAGCUCCCAUUUGCCUCCCCAUACCACGAAGGUGGGGGUUCUCUUUCCCUGGAAAUGGCUGGCCUGACCUCCACUGAUGUCAGCCUGCAGAGGGAAGAUGGUGGUUCUUUGCCCAUGGGUGACAUGGAUGACUCCUUGCCCUUUGAUAUGAAGGGUGAGUGUGAGAAGGGACGACGACGUAGCUCCCCAGCCCGCUCCCGAAUGAAGCAGGGCCGCAGCAGCAGUUUUCCUGGGAGAAGACGGCCUCGGGGAGGGUCUCACGCAGGCCGAGGGCGGGGCCGGUCACGGUUGAAAUCCACCACUUCCUCCAUCGAGACAUUGGCGCUUGCUGAUAUUGAUAGUUCGCCUAGCAAGGAUGAUGACGACGACGAUGAUGACACAAUGCAAAACACAGUGGUGCUCUUCUCUAAUACAGACAAAUUUGUGUUGAUGCAGGAUAUGUGUGUAGUGUGUGGCAGUUUUGGCCGUGGGUCCGAGGGCCAUCUCCUGGCAUGUUCUCAAUGUUCCCAGUGUUACCACCCAUACUGCGUCAACAGCAAGAUUACCAAGGUGAUGCUGCUCAAAGGCUGGCGUUGUGUGGAGUGCAUUGUGUGUGAGGUGUGUGGUAAAGCAUCCGACCCUUCCCGCCUGUUGCUCUGUGAUGACUGUGACAUCAGCUACCAUACCUAUUGCCUGGAUCCGCCUCUCAACACCGUGCCCAAGGGUGGCUGGAAGUGUAAAUGGUGUGUGUGUUGUGUGCAGUGUGGAGCGGUGUCACCUGGCUUCCACUGUGAAUGGCAGAACAACUACACUCACUGUGCCCCUUGUGCUAGUCUUGUUACUUGCCCCAUCUGCCAGGUGAAGUAUGUAGAAGAGGAUCUACUAAUCCAGUGCCAGCACUGUGAGCGGUGGAUGCAUGCUGUAUGUGACAACCUGUUCACUGAAGAAGAAGUAGAGCAGGCAGCUGAUGAGGGAUUUGACUGUACAUCAUGUCAGCCCUAUGUAGUUAAGCCUGUUGUACCAAUUCCUCCUCCAGAAAUUAUUCCAAUGAAGAUCAAAGAGCCAGAGCCCCAGUAUUAUCGCUUUGAAGGGGUCUGGCUUACAGAGACAGGCAUGGCAGUGUUGCGUAACUUAUCCUUAUCACCACUACACAAGCGCCGACCACGCAAGACUCCGCCAACUAUACCUCGACUGGGCAACCUUAAUGGUGAGGGUGGUCUGGAUGCUAUCGACCUUAUGGGCCCAGAUGAAAAAAAGGAUGUCGAUGUAGAGGGAGAUGAGAUUCUGAAAGCUGAAGUCAGUGUGGAGCACAUGGAGUGUGAGAUCAAAUUGGAAGCUCCCCCUACCCCAGAAAGGGAAGCUGCUGCUGACCCGGAUUUGGGAAAGGGGCUGUUGGAGGAUGCUGAGGAGGUCAAGAAGCGGAAGCGGAAGCCAUACCGGCCAGGGAUUGGGGGGUUCAUGGUGCGGCAGCGGAAGUCACAUACACGCUUGAAAAAGGGCUCAGCAGCCAUGGCUGAAGUUUCGCGUGAAGUGACAGGUGCAGAAGGGCACCAAGAUGAAGGGGCUCAACCCACCCAAUCUACUGAAGUCCCUGCAGAGCCCAUCACUGAGCAGGGAGUAGUUGAGGGGGAUGAGAAGAAGAAACGGCGGGGCAGGAAGAAGAGCAAGCUGGAGGACAUGUUCCCUGCAUACCUUCAAGAAGCCUUUUUUGGAAAGGCAUUGCUGGACCUAAGCAGAAAGGCCUUGCUAGCAGCCGGUGGUGUAGGUGGGGAUGGCACUGCCCACCCUCCCAUUGGCCAGGGGGCUCCCAGGCCCAAGAUGGAUUCCAGCUUGCUCUCCAAAGGAUUGGUGGAUGGAAAGGAAGCUUCUGUUCAGCCCAAAGGGGAUGAAUGUGUUGACAGCAGAGAUGCAACAGCUCCAGAAAACAACUUGAAAAUAGCAGAUGCCAAGAUUGAGAAUACCGGCACAGAGGAACAGAUGGUGCCCAAGACCUCUACAGACCCCACAGGUGCCGAGAACGCAGCCACACCCCUGGGGGAGGGGGUGCUCAGCUCCGACCUUGACAAAAUCCCCACUGAAGAGCUGCCCAAAAUGGAGAGCAAGGAUGUUCAGCAACUCUUCAAAGAUGUCUUGGGGUCCACAGAACGAGAGCAGCAGCUCAAUAGUGUUGGGUCAGACGCUGAGGCUGGGGGUAUUCGUGACCCAAACCGUGCACAUCUUACCCAAAGACCAUUCCUGCCAGGUGGUGGUGUCUCCCUUGGGCCUCUACAACCAGCUGUGCCCAUAGAGACCUACUCGGGAGUUUGCCAGUCCCCAUUUCUUGACAGCAGGGAGCGGAGUGGAUUCUUCAGCCCUGACCAGUGUGAGCCAGAGAGCCCUUGGGCCAGCAGCUCUGCUGCUUCCACACCCACUACCCCCACCACGGAGGGGGAAAGUGAUGGGCUGUCCUAUAACCAGCGGAGCCUGCAACGCUGGGAGAAGGAUGAGGAACUGGGAGAAAUGUCCACCAUUUCACCUGUACUCUAUGCUAACAUGAACUUUCCCAAUCUCAAGCAGGAUUACCCAGACUGGUCUAGCCGUUGCAAGCAGAUCAUGAAGCUUUGGAGAAAGGUGCCAGCUCCAGACAAAGCCCCUUACUUGCAAAAGGCCAAAGAUAACCGUGCAGCCCACCGCAUCAACAAGGUGCAGAAGCAAGCCGAGAGCCAGAUCAACAAGCAAACCAAAGUUGAGGUGCUGCGGAGGCCAGACCGCCCUGCCCUGCACCUGCGGAUUCCACCCCAGCAGGGAACACUGCCUGGUACCACCCAGCCGCCUCCGCCUCCUAUCCCUGCUGCCACAGCACCAGGACAGCCCAUUUAUGUCAACAAUGCUGCAUCUCUGCCAAGUGGCUCAGGUGUAGAGUCUCCCAGUGAGCUCUUCCUCAAGCUUCCUUCUUCUGCCACCAGUGCCCAGCCCCCAGCGCAAGUGCCUUUGCACGAGCCCUACAGUGUGGCCUCUGCCUGCCCCCCACCAGAUCCAGGUUUCCCCUCUCCUUCCUUGGUGGGCCAGAGUCCAACAGUGCCAGCCAGCUUUUCCUCUGCCUCUUCUUCUUCCUCCUCCUCCUCCUCAUCUGGACAAUCCCCACUCCUGUUGAAUCCUCGUGCAGCCCCGCAGCUUGGAGACUUUCAGGCUACCCCUCCAGGGACUCCAAGGCAUCAGCCUUCCACGCCUGACCCCUUCCUCAAGCCCCGCUGUCCCAGUGGAUCCUUUGAAAACUUGUCUGUGCCUGGAAGCCCACAACGGGCGGGGCUCCUGCUUUCACCCCCACCAUUUGGGGAGCAGAAGAAAGUACUGGACAUCAAAAAGGAAGAUUCUGGACAUGGGAUGUGCUCUCCCAGCUAUGGCUGCAGCUAUAGUGACUCCCCCUCCGGUGCUUCCCACUCCACUGAAAUGAAGGCCCCCAAUGUCUUCAAAGCCCCACUCAUCCCACGGCCAUCUCAGGUGGAACCCCAGAGCCCAGGAUUGGGGCAUCGGCCCCCAGAUCCUCACCCUGUUGCUGCAUCUCCCCCCAGUCAAGCUGAUCUCUAUAGUCGGUCACCUUAUUCAGACCCCUAUGCUCAGCCUCCCCUAACACCUAGGCCUCCGGCCCUAGUCUCAGAAAGCUGUUGUCCUCUGCCCCCUCGCUCCUUGCCUUCGGACCCCUUUUCACGGAUCCCUGUCAGCCCUCAAUCCCAGUCCAGCUCUCAGUCACCUCUCACUCCCCGGCCACUCUCCAAUGAAGCCUUCUGCCAAUCCCCUGUCACUCCUCGCUUUCAGUCUCCUGACCCUUACUCCCGUCCUCCUUCGCGGCCACAGUCCCGUGACCCCUUUGCCCCUCUGCAUAAACCCCCUCGGCCUCAGAUGUCAGACACAGGCUUCAAGCAAAUGCCUAUCUCUCACAAUACUCUUGCUGUGGGGAAUUUUCCCACAGGGCCCUCUUCUGCUGAGCCCCAUCCCAAAGCUGGCCAGCAGCCUCAGUUUGCCCGCUCCCCUGGUGCCAGUGUCUUCCCAAAUGCUCAGCCCCAGAUUCGCUUCACCUUCCCUCCCAGUGAGCCAAUCAAAAGCUCUCCAUCCCAUGGAGUAAACAACCAUUUUGCCUCUGGCAAGCCCCAAAGCACAAGCUAUGUCUCCUCACCGGGAUUCCACCAAGUUGGGAGUCCCUUAGGUCCCAGCAAGGGAACCCAGGACUCCUACAACAUUUCCCCACUCCGUCCUCCAUCGGUUCUUCCCCAGCCGCCACCUCCAGCACCUCCUCAACAAGAUAGCAACUUGUCCUACCUGCCACGAACAGGCAUGAUGCCACCGGGUGACAAGAGGGAAGAGGGAGGAGUAGGACCCCCAAAUAGAGAGCUGCAAGAACUGCCAGCCAACCAGGAGGGACCUAUCAGCAGUAACACCACCCAAACAGAGAUGGAGAAACAGCGGCAGCGCCAGAGACUCCGUGAAUUGCUCAUCCGCCAACAGAUCCAAAGGAACAACUUGAGACAAGAGAAAGAAAGUGCAGCAGCAGCAGCUACCAGUGCCCAGGCAUCAUGGAACCCUGAGACCAGCGGACAAGGCUUUGAGCAAAUGAAUCGCAGCAUGACCCCAUAUCCAUCAGCUCAGGACAAAGGAAUGCUUGGUACCCCAGGUGGCAACAAACUACCUGGUGCAGUUAUGGUGCAGUCUCCCUACGUUCAGGAUGAGCGACUUGCUCGACCCCCUCCUGCAGCUACUCCUUCUACCAUGGAUAUUAAUGGCAGGACAUCAAUGGCAGUUGCACAGCCAUUUUAUCCCCGCAGUGUCUUCCAGACCCAAUCUUCACAGCAUCAGAUGUGGCAGCAGCAGCAGCAGCAACAGCAGCAGCAAAUAAUUUCCAUGCGUCUCCCAGUUCCUUCACGUUUUCCUCAGCCUCCAACACAAGAUGUGAACCGACAAGCCUUGGGGAGCUUAGCCUCACGGUUACCAGGCCCUGGUGAAUCAAUCCAGGCUUCAGCAGGGACAGUCGGAGCCCAGUUCAUUGAGCUACGGCACAACAGCCAGAAGGGAGUCCUUGGGAGUGGAGUCGGAGCCGGUCCCACAUUUAUCCAGCAAAAUCCACAGGCUCGUCCCAGAUUCUUCUUGCCCGGGAAUGAUGGCAGCAAUCAGGUCUUGAAAACUUCUGUUAUGCCCAUGCAGGCUCCUUCCCUGGGAAGCCAAGGCAUGCCAGUGCAGAAGAUUCCUAUCUCCCCCUCCCCUCAGGGAACAGGAAUGAGCAACAACCAUCACCCCCAUGUCAAGGCAGUGCCCCAGUUAGGUCUUCCUCCUAGUAACUUAGAUGUACAACACAUCCCACCCCCACCACUCUCCUCAUCUGGCCCGAAAGAUGUACCUACUACCACUUCAGCUGCUGUUGACACUACCCCAGCUGCAAGCAAGAACCAGUUAGGUCUGUCCAGUAGGCCAUUACCCUGUGAGGUGCCAGUAGAACCAGAUCUAGAUGAUGAGUUUGAUUCCCACAAGGAUCUUGAGGAUGACGAUGACUUGGCUAACUUGAGUCUUGAUCCAGAUGUUGCCAAGGGUGAUGAUGAUCUUGGAAACCUGGAUAACCUGGAGACCAAUGACCCACACCUUGAUGACCUUCUGAAUGGUGAUGAAUUUGACUUGUUGGCCUACACAGAUCCAGAGCUGGAUACUGGGGACAAGAAGGACAUCUUUAAUGAGCAUCUGCGCUUGGUGGAAUCUGCCAACGAGAAGGCUGAACGUGAGGCUUUGCUCAAAAAAGAACCUUCUGCUGGGCCUUAUGUGAAAGACACUUCCUCUACUACUGUUGUGAAGCCCGAUGAGCAGAAGGUGCCAUCUUUGCCCAGAGAUGAUGAGCUCAAAGCUAAAGAGGGACUUGGCCUCCUCCAAAUUCCCUGCUCGUCUUCUGCCGAAGUGUCACCAUCUCCCAUCACCACUAACAUCAAGGCUCAUAAUGAUAUGUUGGAUAGCAAGGCGGUUAUCCUUCCAGCUGAUAUCAAGCCCAAGAUAGAAGAAGGCUGUCUGAAAUCCUCCGCAUGUCAAUUUAACUCUGGCACAUCAGAGAAGCUUCCCAUCAAGUCUGAAGGAUCUGAGAAAAUGGCUUCUACCUUAGCUGUCAACAUCAAACCUAGCCAGAACAUAAUGAGCCCAGGUGCUAUGCGGCAUGGCAUGACCCAGUUCCCUAACAAUAGCCACACUUCCCUCUCAGAUAAGGCUCUCUAUGGCAAUCCAAGCCGCCCACCGCUCACCCCUGUCCAGAUAGGCCACACCAGUAACUCCAUUCUAGAAAAAUUUGAGCUAGAUGGAGGGGGUCUAAGCCUCCCUAAUACUCAGCAUCACUCUCCAACUGAUGACCUGGACAAGAUGGAAAGCUCUCUGGUGGCUAGUGAGUUGCCCCUCUUGAUUGAAGACCUGCUGGAGCAUGAAAAGAAGGAGCUGCAGAAGAAACAACAGAUGUCCACUCAAAUGCCAGGAGGUACCCAACACCUCCAGCCCCAUGCCAUGAUGACUCACUCCGCUCCCCAUUCCCAACCUCAUGAUGGGCAGCUGGUUAGCCCGCAACAGCAGCAGCAGCAACAGCUUCAAUUGGGCCUUGUGGCCAGGCAACAGGGUAUGGUGGCCAAUCAACAACUCAUGCAGCAGCAACAGCAACGUCUGGCUGGUGCCCAGCAAAGCCAAGUACUAGCACCACAUAUGGGAGUGGCUCAAAAUCAAGCUCAUAUGCUUGCUACUCAGCAUAGCAUCCAGGCAAUCCAUAGCCAACAGAACCAGCAGCAGGUUUUAGCCCAGAAGCCCAUGUCUGGAGUUCAGCAACAACCGCCGCAGCCACAGACACAGCAGCAGAUGAUAGGAUUAAAAUCCCAACAGGUUGUGAUGCAACAGCAACAGCUGGCUAACAGUUUCUUCCCUGAUACAGAUCUGGAUAAAUUUGCUACUGAGGACAUAAUGGAUCCGAUUGCCAAGGCCAAGAUGGUGGCUUUGAAGGGUAUCAAGAAGGUCAUGGCACAAGGCAGCAUUGGAGUGGCUCCUGGUAUGAAUAGGCAACAAGUCUCCCUCCUGGCUCAAAGACUGUCUGGAGCUUCCUCUUCAUCUGAAGUACAGAAUCAUGUCUUGCCUGGGCCUGGAGGACAGGAACGGAGCAGUGACCCAGCACAGGCGCGUCCAAACCCACCCAGUUUUGCUCAAGGUGUCAUCAAUGAUGCUGAUCAGCGCCAGUAUGAGGAGUGGCUCUUUCACACACAGCAGCUCCUCCAAAUGCAGCUGAAGGUGCUGGAGGAGCAAAUUGGUGUGCACCGCAAGUCCCGCAAGGCUCUGUGUGCCAAGCAGCGAACUGCUAAGAAGGCUGGCCGUGAGUUCCCGGAGGCCGAUGCUGAGAAGCUCAAGCUGGUGACAGAGCAGCAGAGCAAGAUCCAGAAGCAAUUGGAUCAGGUCCGGAAACAGCAAAAAGAGCACACUAACCUCAUGACAGAGUACCGCAACAAGCAACAGCAGCAUCAGCAACAAACUUCCACUGUUCUGGCCCUCAGUCCCUCUCAAAGUCCUCGCCUCAUGGCCAAGCUUCCUAGUCAGCUCCUUUCUGCACAUGGCCUCCAGCCAGGACCCCAAGGCUUCACAGGCCAGGCAAGUGGCUUGCGCCUCCCUCAGGCUGCAAUGGCAGUGCAGCAGGGCUUACCUUUCAUGGGGCAGCAACAGCCAGCUGGGGCCAACAACACAUUUUUCCCUAGUAACCGUCUCUUGCAAGAGAGGCAGCUGCAGCAGCAAAGGCUGCAACUGGCACAGAAGAUGCAGCAGCAAAACCUCAUAGGACAAGUGCCGAUGCAACAACAGCAGCAAAACCUCAUGGGACAAAUUCCAGUGCAGCAACAGCAACAAAACCUCAUGGGACAAGUUUCAAUGCAGCAGCAGCAGCAUCCACAGCAAAGCCUGAUGGGACAGAUAUCUAUGCAGCAGCAACAGCAGCAACCACCACAAAGCACUCUAAACCAGGCAAAUUUGAUGGGCCAGCCACCCCCUCCACCUCCCACCCCACAGCCAGGCCAGAACUUGCUCUCAAAGCAGCAAGGGUUGCAGAACAACCAACCAGGAGUCAUGGUCCAGCAGCUGUCACCUCAGCAACAGCAAACGAUGCUGGGACACUCCAUGCUGCCACAUCAGGGUGUGAUGAGUCACUCACAAGCUUCUCAAAGGCAAAUGCUCUUGGCUUCACAACAGCACAGAACCCUGGGUUCUCCUCAGCAGCUGGCACAUCAACAGCAGCAGCAGCAGGCACAAGGGAUGAUGGGACACAGGAUACUUUUGUCCCCUCAACAACAGCAACAGCAACCAGGGCUGCUUGGCCAGCAGCAGAGGACCUUACUGAGCCAGCAUCAGCAGCAAAACUCUAUAGCACAACACCAGGCCCUCCUUAGCCAGGGGCCGGCUGCUCAGCAGGGAGGGCCAUUGGGACAGGGUCAGACUGCUCCACCAGGCAUCCUGAGCCAAGGGCAAGGCACAGCCUCAGAACCAAUCCAGCACUUUUCACAGCAUGGGUCUCUGAACCAGGUGCUGCACUCAGGUCAGGGAAUACAGCCAGCUCCAUCACAGCAGGGCCUGGCUGCCAAGGAACAGCAGGGAGGGUCGGAAGGCAUCACAGGGCUGCCUCAGGAGGGGACAGAGAGUGUACAGCAGCAACAACAGCAGCAGCAACUUCGGCCCCAUUUGGUAGGACAGGACCUGGGAGGGCAAAUGCAUAUGAGUGUGCAAGAGCAACAGGGAAUUCCCAGCCGUGGGACCCCUUUACAAGAGCCUUCAACUCAGCUGAUGCUGCAGCAACAUGGGGAGCAGCAGAAACCACCAGCUGAUAUGGGCCACCAGGCACAGCAGCUUCUCCUGGGCUCUCAGCAGCAGAAUAGCUUGAGCUCCCUGCAGCUAAGGCUGCAGCAGCAACAGCAAAACAGUCACCUUCAGCAGCAACAACAACAACAACAAAGCAGCCACCUGCAGCAGCAACAACAACAAAGCAGCCACCUACAGUCGCAGCAACAAAGCAGUCACCUACAGCAGCAGCAACAGCAGCAAAACAACCACCUGCAGCAGCCUCUGCAGGCUCAUCUUUCUGUGGAUGGUGCUUUGCAGUCAGAGAUGUCCCAACAGCAGCAACAUCUCCAUCACCAUCGUGAUGCAAUCCAGACUCCUCACGUGCUAAACCAGCAGAUGGAGCAGCAAGGUCAAGUGCAGAACAUUAUGGCUCAACAGCAAAGGAUUAUAGGGCAGAACCUGGACCAACCUUUAAAAAGCUUGCCAGGCCAGCUUCCUCUCCAGCAGCAGCAGCAACUCCAGCAGCUGCAGCAACAGCACCGCCUUCCAAGCCCAGCUGGGGCUUCCAAAACACCAGGGUUAAUGGUGCCAAUGCAGCAGCAGCAACAACAACAACAAAACAUGAUGGUCCAGCAGUCAUCACAAAGCCAAAGCAUCCUGUCCAGCCCUAUGAUGGGCCAGAUCCGUGCCCAGCUUCAAGGUGUCAUCUCCAAAAACCCGCAGUUACGUCACCUCACCCCUCAGCAACAGCAGCAGUUGCAGGCCCUGUUGAUGCAACGACACCAGCAGAACCUGCUGCAGCAGAACCAAGCAUUGCGGCAAGCCGGCCAAUACCCAGCUCAGGGGCAGGUACCACUUGAGCAAGGCCAGCCAGUCACUCAACAGCUUUCUCUUCCUGGUACUAUGGGGCAGCAGCCCCCACCCAGACAGCCUGCUGUUGCAAUGGUCCAGGUUCACCCAGAGCAGAGUUUUGUGGCAUCUGUGGAACAGCACAGGGGCCCACCAAGCCAACAGACAACCACCAGCCCAUACCAACAAGGGGCCCCAAGGCUUCCAGCUCCACAGGCUUCCACUGUGCCCCCAAGCAUGGCAUCUCCGCAGCAGCACCUGCACCCUAGCCCUUCUGAGCCAAAGAGACCAUCUCCUUUGCUGCUGGCAAAAAGCCCUGAACUACAGCCUGUUCCCACCCAGAAACACCAGCCUGUUGUUCCCAGUCCUGUGCUACCCCAUGACUCCACUGCUACUGCUACCCAGAGUGCAGGGGAGACAGUUCCUGGAAGCUGCAGCCUCAGAGACUCAGGGGGCCUCCCCACCAAAGAGCCUGUGGAGCUGGGGCCAGUCAAUGGGCAGGCAGGUAGAUUGGCUUCCCCUCCAGUAAGACGGGUCCCAUCCCUUCAUGGGGACCUUCCCCUUGUGUGCAUCAAGCAGGAACCCAAGGAAGAAGUAGCUCAGUGUGCCCUGAUGAGCAGCGUCCAGUCGGUCAAGCGGGAGGCCAACGGGGAUCCUGUGUCAGCUUCAGUUACCAUCCCCACAGCAGCAAACAGCCUCACACGUACUGAAGCCAGCCACCUCUUGCUACAAAAGUUGCUCAGGGCCAAGAAUGUGACACUUGCCACACAGCGCUCCGGUGAUGUCAACGGUCACAUGGACAACAAGCUGGCUGGUGUGGAGAGCCGGAUGCAGGUGGCACCAGAGGGGCGAGACGAUACACUAAUGGCAAAGAAACCUCCACCACCAAAGCCCAAGCGAUCUCAAAAAGCUGGAGAGCGACUUGCCAACUCCCGCAAAAAGCUGCGAAAAGAAGAUGGAGUGAAGUCCAGUGAGGCUCUGAUGAAACAACUGAAGCAGGAACUCUCCUUGCUGCCUCUUAUGGAACCUGUUAUCACAGCCAAUUUCAAUCUUUUCCCUCCCUUUGGAAGCACUCCCAUUAAUGGCAAGAGCCAACUGAAAGGCUCUUUUGGUCACGCUGCCCUGGACAGUAUUCCAGACUACUACUCACAGCUGCUCACCAAGAACAACCUGAGCAACCCGCCAACGCCACCUUCUUCACUGCCCCCCACCCCACCACCCUCUGUGCAGCAAAAGCUUGUGAAUGGUGUCCUGUCUUCUGAGGAGCUGACUGAGCAGCCCAAGGAAACUGUGCUGCCACGCCGUGAACCUGAAGGGCAAAAGGAUGUUCCCCCUGUGGAAGUGAAAAGCUUAGACCUUUUGGCGGCUCUGCCCACACCACCACACAACCAGACUGAGGAUGUUAGAAUGGAGAGUGAUGACGAAAGUGACUCUCCUGAUAGCAUCGUCCCGGCAUCAUCCCCUGAGAGUAUCCUGGGAGAAGAGGUGCCACGCUUUCCGCUACUGGUUGGAGCCAAAGCUGAGUUGGAGGAGCGCUCAUUGUCCCCUGUGAUACCCAUAAUACCAAAAGCCAGUAUUCCAGCUUUUCCAGAUGCCAAGAACUACGGAGCCUUGGAGCAAGUGGGGAAGGGGGCACCAGGCACUUCCUGGAACAAAGCCAAGAACAGUGAGGUCUCAGUCAUGCUCACAGUAUCUGCAGCUGCUGCCAAGAACCUAAAUGGGGUCAUGGUGGCAGUGGCAGAGUUGUUAAGCAUGAAGAUCCCCAGUUCUUAUGAGGUGCUGUUCCCAGACAGCCCAAUGCGGAGUGUAACCAAUGAACCCAGAAAAGGAGAAGCUGACACACAGGGCAAAGAAAAGCCAGUGACCCCAAAGGGUACAGAAGGUGGUCCAGAGUGGCUGAAACAGUUUGAUGCCAUGCUUCCUGGUUACAGCCUCAAAAAUGAGUUGGACAUCUUGACCUUGCUUAAGCAGGAAAGUCCAGCUCCAGAGAAGAGUGCUCAGCACUGUUACAUCAACAAUGUUGCCAAUCUAGAUGUACGGCAGCUCUUGGCACUUCCAGAAGAACCCUCUCCACCCUUAUCCCCCUUUGCGCCCUCUCCGCCUAGUCCCCCCAGGGUGCCAGGGCCGGUUCCUGAGCCUGAGGCACCACCCGCACCUGCUGCAUCUCCAGUACAACUGCCGCCGCCGCCUCCUUCUCCUCCACCCCUUCUGUUGCCCUCCACCAAAGAGGAAGCUCCUUCAUCCCCGCCCAAGGUUAAGCCACGCUCCCGCCCCCUGGAAGACAGCGAGGAGAAUAAACCACGGCUGAAGAAAUGGAAAGGGGUACGCUGGAAACGGCUACGCUUCCUCAUCACCAUUCAGAAGGGUGGUGCCAAGCGCGAUGGGGACAGGGAGAUUGCAGAGUUCAUUGAUCGCCUGGCCACCACCCUUCGACCUGAUAAAGUGCCACGCGACUUACGGAAAUGCUGCUUUUGCCAUGAGGAAGGAGACGGAGCGACAGACGGCCCAGCGCGCCUCCUGAACCUGGACUUGGACCUGUGGGUGCAUCUCAAUUGUGCCCUUUGGUCCACAGAGGUUUACGAGACCCAAGGCGGGGCCCUCAUCAAUGUGGAGGUGGCCCUGCACCGGGGCCUACUCACCAAAUGCUUGCUUUGCCAGAAGACAGGGGCCACUAACAGCUGCAACCGCAUCCGUUGCCCUAAUGUGUAUCACUUUGCCUGUGCCAUCCGGGCCAAGUGCAUGUUCUUUAAAGACAAGACGAUGCUGUGCCCACUGCACAAGCUGAAGGGCCCCUGCGACCAGGAGCUCAGCACCUUCACAGUCUUCCGACGCGUCUACAUUGAGCGAGACGAGGUCAAGCAGAUUGCCAGCAUCAUCCAGCGUGGGGAACGCCUCCACAUGUUCCGGGUUGGGGGCCUGGUCUUCCAUGCCAUUGGGCAACUCUUGCCCCACCAGAUGGCAGACUUCCACAGUGCCACCGCUCUCUAUCCCGUAGGCUACGAGGCUACCCGCAUUUAUUGGAGCUUACGGACCAACAACCGGCGAUGCUGCUACCGCUGCACCAUCUGCGAGAACAAUGGUCGGCCCGAGUUUGUGGUGCAAGUGAUAGAACAGGGUCUGGAAGACUUAGUUUUCACAGAUUCCUCACCACAAGCUGUAUGGAACCGUAUCAUUGAACCAGUAGCCAUGAUGCGCAAAGAAGCAGACAUGCUGCGACUGUUCCCAGAGUACCUAAAGGGAGAAGAGCUCUUUGGCUUGACAGUGCAUGCUGUGCUUCGCAUUGCAGAGUCCCUGCCUGGUGUAGAAAGCUGCCAGAACUACCUGUUCCGCUAUGGACGCCAUCCACUCAUGGAAUUGCCACUCAUGAUCAAUCCUACUGGCUGCGCUCGAUCAGAGCCCAAAAUCCUCACACACUACAAACGGCCUCACACGCUGAAUAGCACCAGCAUGUCCAAAGCCUAUCAGAGCACAUUCACAGGUGAAACCAACACACCCUACAGCAAGCAGUUUGUACACUCAAAGUCUUCACAGUAUCGACGCCUCAAGACAGAAUGGAAGAACAAUGUGUACCUGGCACGCUCCCGGAUCCAGGGGCUCGGGCUCUAUGCUGCCAAAGAUCUGGAGAAGCACACAAUGGUCAUUGAGUACAUAGGCACCAUCAUCCGCAACGAGGUAGCGAACCGGCGUGAGAAGAUCUAUGAGGAACAGAACCGAGGCAUCUACAUGUUUCGAAUCAACAAUGAGCAUGUCAUCGAUGCCACAUUAACAGGUGGCCCUGCCAGAUACAUCAAUCACUCCUGUGCACCCAAUUGUGUGGCUGAGGUUGUGACCUUUGACAAGGAGGAUAAGAUAAUAAUAAUCUCCAGUCGCAGAAUACCCAAGGGAGAGGAGCUGACCUAUGACUACCAGUUUGAUUUUGAAGAUGAUCAGCACAAAAUCCCCUGCCACUGUGGAGCCUGGAACUGCAGGAAAUGGAUGAACUAGCCCAAGGAGGCUCUCCAAACAAGGUGGCAGCAGGUGGGAGACACGCCUUGAUCUUCCUGGCACAAGCCGCGCAGGAGAGAGAGAGGCCUGUUCCGCCGGCUCUCCCAACCUUCCAGCUCAGCAGAGAGAAUCUCUGCUAGGGAGAGCGGGAUUGGAAACGACCACCCCAACAAGGAUGGCUGGAACCCGAAGCAGACAGGGCGGCCUUAGCAUAUCUGCUACUAAACGCCGGCUUUGGUUAAAGUGUUAUAUCAGGCUGUCUCGUUUUGGCUGUCAAGCCUAGCUGCCUUCUCCUUCCAGGGCAGCCUGCUUUUCCCCAGCAGAAGCAACAGCCACUAGCAUCUCCACAUGGGGUGGGGAACUGAUAAACUGGCAACUCAGGGUUUUCUUUUUUAAGAUUUUCUUUUUCUUUUGAAGCUGAAAAGGGGAGCCCUUCCGCCCCUGCGCACCUGUAAAUAAUGGACUUCAGAAAUAUACUGGGAGGAGAUUGGGGCAUUCUAACUAGCAGAGCUGGGGGAAGGGGGCUGCAGCAUGGCUAUUGGAUCCCCGGGGAAACUCUGUAACCUUUUUUUUCUGUGUGGGUGUGUGCAUUUUGGGAACUUGUGUGUGUGUGUGUGUGAGACAAUUUUUUUAAAGUACCUAUUAUCUAUUGCUUGCUAAUGUACCAAGGUAACAGGAGGCUUCAAAGAGACUCAUUAGCUUGACAAUCUGCCUUCCAGGGCCUCUCUGGCUCUGGAUUUUUUUAUACAUUUAGGUAUUUGAUUUGGAAAUCGGGAUGGGGGGAUCGUGUGUGUACAUGUGCUUUUUGGAAAAAGUGAUUUCUCACUGGCAAGCAGGCAUUGACUUGCAGGAGAUGGAAAUAGCCUAGCCUUUCCCUUCCUCUGUCCCUCGGCCCAUCUUCCAUGCGCGAGGUGCAUCCGCACUUGAACCUACCUCAUUUGAAGUGUUAGACUUUGCUAAUGUUGUUGUUAUUGGUUUGUUUUCUCUAAUGUGAGCCCCUCGCUAUGCCACCAUUUUGCUUUUUGAGCCCUCUUUCCUGAAGAUGAAGAGCUAUGGCUGCCAGCAGCACAUGUGGAACAGUUUCUAGGGAGAAAUACAUAGUGUUUCUUUCUGGGAUUAUCCCUUCCCCUUCUGAAAUAAAAAGUAUGGUUUGGUUUCCUAAAGCCCUUCCAGACUGAACAGUUGAAACGGGCACUGUGUGUUCCUACCCACCAAUAUUGGUGGAGACCACACUGCAAAGUAUGAUGCGGUUUGAAAGUGCCAACCUGUUGGGGAAUGACAAGCUCCUGGACACCACUAGAUGCCAAGCCCAGCACUGCUCUCCAGUGGAGCCCAAACCCUCUUUUUGCUUACUUGCAGAGUGGGGAGCAAGUGCUUCAUGAAGGGCCAGUGACCAGUCUUGCAACUGGGGCAGGGGAGCGCGGGAGAGAGCUGGCCUUCGGUUAACCUUGUCUCCCUAUAAUUUCAGUUUCUACUUUGUUUCCCGUGAUCAACUUGCUGCUCUGAAAACUUGUAUGUAUGAGUGAGAGAAAGAUGUUGGCACAUUGCAGAGUUUGGGAUUAUUUAUCUAUUUAUACGUACGUACAUAUAUAUAUAUAUAUAUAGUGUAUAUAUUUGAACUAGCAUAGAGAGGAAUGCCCUGGCUGCAGGGUUUUCUGAAUUGCUGGCUGGAUCUGUCCCCUCUUGCUGACAGGAUGGGAGCCAGAGGAAGACUUCUUGACAAAAAUUUGGGCAGGAAGGGGAUUACAUAAAGAGCCCAUCUGUAUGCUUUCUCUCUCUCUCUCUAUGUAUAUAGAAAUAUAUAUAUAUAUCUAUACAUAUAUAUAUUUCCCUUUCUUUUUUAAAAAAGAAAACAAAAUCAGUUUAUAAUCAAUAUCUUUUGAGCCAUCUGCCCAGCAGCAUCUUCCCCCAUGUAGGGAGGCAUAAUGUGGGUAUUAUGCAGGCACACCCAGACCAGCUGUCUUAGACACACAGGCAGUCUCCCUGCUGUUGGAUGAGGACACUGGAAGACUGCUGUACCCAGAAACCUAUGGUUUUGGAGGGCGGGGAGGUGGCAAGAGUCGCAGGGUCUUUGCUGAUAAGGCUCUCGUAAUGAACUUUGUACAGUUGAGAUCUUUUAACGCACAAUUGCACCAUUUCCCCACUCCCCGCUUUCAAAACUCUCACAGUCCCCCCAUCAUGCCUCUAAGAGUACCAUGGAGCAAUCUAGCAGGCCGCAGUUCAGAUUCUCAUCUGAUCAACAGACAAUGCAAAGAGAGGAAGCAAGUGUGGCAAUGGCUUACCUUUCAUAGCGGGGGCAAAGUGGGGCAUAAAAAUCAGGGUUAGAGCAUAAAUAUCUUUCUCUUUGAACUUAUCGGCAAGAUGAGAACCAUGUUCUUGAGUUUUAAAAAAGCUGCUUCUGCAAACCGUUCUAAGCUAUGACGGUUAAAUACAGUUGGGAGGGGAAUGAAAAAUUAUUAAAGUAAUUAAGAUUGUAAAUAAGAUGAAAUUCGUGUAAAAAAGGGGGAGUUUUUAUCAAUAACAAAACCACUGGAUGUUGUUUUAAAAUAAAAAGGUUUGAGUUAAAGCCAGUAUACAUUUUUGUCUCUUUCAAUUUGUUUGUGUGUCUUUCCAUUAAUUUGGAAAGCUGUAAAGAUGUAAAAAUAAAUAAAUUUUAAUGAAUUGCUACAAAGUUUAAAAGCUUGAGAGAGAUUUUAAAAAAUGAUAAAGUGACUGAAUAUAAUAGAUUGUCAAGAUUUUUUUGGAUGACGGUUAGAGUUUAAGAUAAUCCUGUAGAUUUUAGCUGAUGAAGAAAGACUAUACAGUUUUUAAUUUUUAUAUAAACUAUAACCCGGUCUUGAAGCUAAAAACUUUUUUAAAGUUCUCUGCCUGUAUAAUCGCAUUUGACGCCUUGUCCCAUACUUCUGUUUACAGUUGCACAUAUUAUAUAUAUUAAGUUUUAACCCUUUUAUGAACCCAAAAUAAUCACUUUUUAAAAAAUAAAGUGUGGACUUUGUGAGGAAUUA